AGGCGGAGAGGAGCGCGCACGAGGCCGGUUCAGCCCACAUGGAGAGGGGCUGGAGCUCCAGCUGCUCUCCGGCUGAUGACGCGGGACCAGGUGGGGGAAGGCGGGGCAAGCUGGAAAAAAACAACACUUCGACGACAGUGAACGCAACACUCCGCCGACAGCGCACCGGCAGACCCCGGCUUCACUGCCAGCUCCGGCUCCUGCACGCGGAGUUCCUCCGGGGAAACCUCCGCAUCGAUCGGGUUCCGGCCGGUCCUGGUCCCGGUGCGGUUCUGAGCUCGAGGACUCUCUCCUGGAGGCUUUAUAACGGCUGCAAGCGGGUCUGCAAGCGGCGUAUUGAGCGAGUAAAGGGCCCAAACUCGAGUGUCCCGACUACGUGAGCGCCGGCCCACACAGCUGCCACUUCGACAGCAGCCACACGUCCAUUUGGAAGAUCUACUGCCUGAACGUGACCGCCGUCACCGCCCACGGGAACUACACUUCCCAGGAGCACUGCCUGGAUGUGGCAGAGAUAGUUCAGACCGAAGCGCCAGUGAAUCUGACCUACGCGCUGACGGAUGCGGGGGGGGAUGAAAUGGGCCACAACGCGCUGCUGUCCUGGACCUACCCCGUGCCCUCGGACCUGCAGUACGGCUGGAUCACGCUGGUGUACGAGCUGCAGUACAGGCGCGUCACCGGCAGCGACAACUGGAAGCUCCUGGUGCUGAUUCUGGUGACGGGAGUCGGGGUCGUGGCUCUGCUGAUCGUUGCCUUCGGCAUCGUUCCACAAAGCAAGAGAAUAAAAGACUACUUCCUGCCGCCUAUUCCAAAGCCGCGAAUCCUCGGCAUUGACCCACUGCUCCUGAAGAAGGGGAACUUGGAGGAAGUCAACCGUCACUUCAGUAACUUCCACAGCUACCGACCUCCGAGCUACACCGAUGAGGUUUGGGAGCACGUCAGCCCCGGUGACGUCUACCCGUCCCCGCCGAAGGACUACGGCGUCCAAGCCGAGCCCGUGGACCAGGAGAGGGACGCCCUGAUGUCUCCGUGCGGCCGCGUGACGCCUGUGCCCACCAGCCGCCAGCUCACCGCCCAACAGCUGACGUCGUACGUGCGCAGCCUGCCGCCCUACAGCUCCUCGCCGCCCAACGCCUCGGCCACGCCGCCGAACGUGCCGGCGGCGUGGCCGAGGCCGGAGAUCGUGUCCCUGUCGGGGACGGAGUACAGCGUGAUGGGACGUCCACGCGUCCCCGAUGCCACCGUCCGCGCUCCGCAGGACUUCUACACCUGCGUGCAGCUCAUGAACGAAAGCGGCGAGGUGCACCUGGUGCCCUGCCUGCCGCCGCCGGCGUACUGCCGCGACUUCCCGCCUCUCGCCAGGUCCAAAUCAGAUGCACGGGAGAAGGAGGCGAAGAAGAAGAAGAAGAUGGCCGACAACAAAGCGAGGACAGACGUCAUGAAAGACGGAGACGAGGCGGAGAGAGGCGAGGCGGCCGUCCCUCUGCUGCCGGUCGCUGUCGACAACAAGGGCUGAGCCACGAAAACACGAAUAUGGUGAAACCUGUCGCCGGGGUCGGGGCGGGAAGUGCACCGGAGGGUGGGGGGGGGUAGGGUCUGCUCCAGCAGGACGUUUUAUUUUUGUCCACUCUGCGUUGACACCCGACGACUGACAGAAUAGAUGUUUUUGGUGUCCAACAAGAAAUAAUGCAAACUCUAAGAAACCUAAUGUUCUGGUGCAAUAACGGGUUGAGUUUAGGUGAGAAACAUGGCGUCAAAAGCUGGACCUCAACUGCUUUUCGGUUUCUGCAACCCCCCCCCCCCCACACACACACCCCACAACACCACACAACACCCACCCCACACAACCACACACACCCACACACACCACACCCACCCGCAUCAUACCUCAAGAGCAGAUUUCCAAAAUAAAUUGCUGCAAAUGAGCGUUUCGUCCAGAAGGAGCGAGUUUACAACCCAGUCUCCUACUGAAAAUGUACCAGCCUUACAAAAUAACAUGGUGAGAAUAUAUAAGGUCGUUACAUUAUUUUUAGGCUUUUUUGCGGCUAAACAGUUAGUUCUCGUAUGCUAAUUUUGUAAGGCUGUUACAUUUUCAGUAGGAGACCGGGUUGGAGUUCAACACCUUCGCAUGAAUGACGUUUGUAGACUUUAACCCUGGUGUUGUCCUCGGGUCAAAUUGACCCGUUUCUAAGUGUUUUAGACCAGAAAUAUGGAUUUAUUUCAAACAAAUUACCCAAAAAUAACACGGAUGAUUCCAUACAACAUUCUUCUGGUAAAAUGAAUUACUUCAAUUAAACUUUUUGGGUGUUUAAUUAGUUUAUAGAAUUUGAAUUCUUUUUUUUUUCUUUUUUAAUAUGGUUUUAAAACAUCCUCUGAUCUUAACUAUUAGCUCAAAUUAUUCAUAGUUUCUGCCUUUAUAACUAAAAACUCAUGUAUAAUUUGAUACGAAUGAGAUUUGUUGGCCAUGAAUUCCAAAAAUAAGUGUGAAAACCUGUUAUUAAACCAGCUCAGGGUUUGUUUUUUUAAGCGCCGAAAGCUGGAAAAAGUGAGAAAUAAAUCAGCAAAAAGGACAAAAACUUUGCAAAAGCACAAUUCUUUUUUUUUAAUUUGACCUGGAAGGGCAAGUUACUGGUUAACUGGAAGACAACACAAGGGUUAAAAAAGAAGAAAUAGUGACUUAAAUUCAGUGUUAGCACAUACUAUUUUUUCCAAAAUCGUCACAUUCAGCAUCUGGAACGUCAGGAAGACCGAGACUACCUUUUUAGUAUUUUAUGUUUUUAUGUGUUUACAUGCUUUAAUAUUCCAGAUAUUAGCCUUACCUCGUCGUGUAGUUCUGUAACACGAGACCACAAGCGUCUUUGCACAUUUUUUGAUUUCCCCCGCUGUGUUCAACAAACUCAAAUAUCAUCGUGACGAAGGACGACCUCUGCAGGAGAAGCGGUAAAACCGGCGGCUGGAAAAUCGGCCAAUCAGGAGCGAAAGACAGAUAUAUCUGGAUGGAUAAAACAAGACUGUGUUGCUGUAUUCCUAAAUUCCUAGAUUGUGUGUGUGCAACUACCACACACACACACACACACA